AUGAGCUCGCGAAGAGCUGGAAGAUUGGAGCGAGCGGGAGAGGCGGAACAGAGGGGAGGAGAGUAUAUGCGCGACGGCGAAUCCGACUUUUCCCCGGAUCUGGGCUUCCGCCGAGCAGCCCUUUUGCUAGCGAGCGCCCAUACAACAUUGAGGACCCGCGAGCGACACCCGACUCGCGCUCUACGUACCCGCCGUCGGACAGCAAUUCACGCCCACACAUUUUCUCCUCGGAUUUCGCCUUCCGCCGACCACUCCCAAGCGGGCAGUCUUGCUUUCAACAAAGCGCGACUACGACGGCUGACGAGUUCGAGCUCAGGACGAGGAUCUCGCGCCCUACACCCUCCCCACACCUUACGACGACGACGACCUCGGUUUCUCUUCGGAUUCGGGCUUCCGCCGACCACCCCCUACGACGACGGGUACGGCUUCGAGCUCCACGGCUUUGGUCAUCGACGGCGGUUACGAUUCCGACUCGCGGGCACGUCUUCGACACGACUCCGACUCUUGACAGCGCGCUCGACCUGCAGCUUCGCGCGCACCCGUCUCCAAGCCCGACUUCAAGGUCGGGGUCUCUUCGGUGAGCACCUCGCACUUCCCGCUCACUCACGGCUGGAUCAGGUCUGUCUCGUCUUGUCUCCCCCUUCACUCCUCGCUCCCUCUUGAUGUACCCACUCUAGCUCGCUCCCCCUCUCAAUCUAGCUCGAGGAGCUUGUUCGAGUGUCAAAUUCUCCUUAGCACGAGUUUGCCUUGGCUUGUAUAUACCCUGCAUCUGUAGUAGCCGUCUGAAUAGACUGUUUUCAAACCUU